AUGUUCUUCCAACCGAUACCAGCUAAAGAUAAAAUCACUUUCACGAAUAAAGAAGGUAAAAAGGAAACUGGUAACAAAAUCAGGUUCAGAAAUGGUUUCUGUCACGACGUUUUAACACCGGUCGAUAUUCAAGAAAUAGUGAAAGCCGGUGGACGAAUUAUUAGAAUAUUAGAUGGUAUAGUUUACGAAGAAAAUUUUAAAACUCCACCCUAUAGAGAUUAUAUUUUAAUUUUGAGAGAUUUAAGAAAUCAAUAUAAACGAGAAGGUAAUAUCGUGGGUAGUAAUUGCAUGAAAUUAUUAGGUAAUUCCUUGUAUGGUAAAUCAAUUCAGAAAGAUAUAUUCACAACUAGACAUUUAUGGAAUGAAGCAACUUUACAGGCCAACUUUGAUUCACGCGUUAAAACCUAUGAGAAAAUUAAUGAUACUCAAUAUAUUGUUGAAACAGAAAUUGAAGAAAAAGAGAUUACUACCGAAGAUAGUAACUCUACACGACUAACACCUAGUCAUUUGGGAUCAUUCGUUUUAUCUCACAGUAAAAAAAUAAUGAACAAUUUCAUUCACGUCAUAAAUGGAUUUUAUAAACCCGAAAUAUACUAUACCGACACCGAUAGUUUGUACAUUUCAUCCAAAAAUUGGAAAAAACUAAACACAGCUGGUUUGGUCUCCGAAAAAGACUAUUGCAAAGGUAAAAACGAUUACGGUGACGGUGGAAUUAUAUUUGGUUUAUAUUUAGCACCAAAAGUCAAAUACAACAUCGUUUUGACUUCUGAUGGUGUCUUAAAAGAAAAGAAAACGUUUAUAGGUUAUUCUAAUGAUAAGAUAAGUGUAGAAGAUUACGUUCAGUUAGCAAGCGGACAUGAUGUGUCGAAGGAAUUUAAUAAACCAUGGGAAAAAAGUUUCACCAAUGGAGUAGUUAUUCCAAAUGAUAAACAAACUAAAGUUUUUAGAAGUUAUUUGAAUAAUGUUAAAAGAAACCACCAAACAGUGAAGGAAUUAUGUAUCCUUACAAAGACAAAGAUGAGUAUAGUUUUGACGAAAACUAUGAAUUUGAUGAUUUCGAUUAUCUUUCUAAUCAAGAAGAGAAUGAAGAUUGUUUUAAAUGAAGUUGAAUGA